CGGCGGUAAUGAUUUCAAGUUUAUUAAUCUCAACUUCUGCGUUAAUUUUGGAGCUCAUGCCUUAAAACUCGCUUUCAAUUCAGUCUAUGCAGUUUGUUCGGUUCAAGCCGUCUGUUGUGCGCUGCUUGUAAACAGUUGGAAAGCGCGUGUUGAAAACUCAAAACGCAAGCACGGUUACUCUUUCGUUCGAGUUGUUAUAACGGUAACAUAUUGUUUUGAAUUGCCAUAGCUGAUGUUUAAUUUGAAAGUUUUGCUGCAUGUAUAAGCUGUAAAGCACACUUUCUACAGAAACACAAAUCUUAAAACGAAAUAGAGAGCAGCACAAAAAUCAAGAGUUAGAAGCGAAGCGAAUAAAUUUUAUAAAAAAUUUGUUUGCAGUUUAAAGUGGCGAAAAAUUUAAUAAAAUUAUAAGUUGUGAAAUAAUAAAAAUUACACCAAAAAAAAUUCUCAAACACAAAAAAUAAUUGGCGUAAAAUAGCAAACGUCAACACUCUGGUAACGCAAUGCAACGAUUCGUCUAAAUAGGUUUGUCGCGCGUAUUUGGCGUAAAUAAUGGAGCCGAUGACGUUGAAAAAGUAAUGAGCCGCGCAAUUGUAACGAAGUGAAAUAAAACGAAAGACUAACUUCAAAAACACAGCGUAAAUCUUACGAAACCACAAAAUCAAUAAAGCAAAAAAAAAAAAUAUUACUAAUAAAAAUUUAAACCAGCAACACAAAAAAUCAACAACUAAAAUAUCGAAGCUGCGCGGCAAAAAUCACUGCACAGCAAAACGAGGUAACAUGGACGCGGUCAAUUGGUUGCGGUUAAGUCUGCUGCUGACGCUUGCAUUUCUCAAGAUCGGUAACUGCAUACAAAUUACACCAGUACCAAAAUUUGCCAACAUCACAAAGACGUUACUUAAAGAAGAGCUUUUUCUUGAUUCAAAUAAUGAUACGUUUGCCAGUGACUCGGUGUUAAGCGCUUCCGAGCGUAAUCGUCGGUUGAUACCCUACAUGGCAUUCUAUUUGGCACCGGAUUUUCCGAUUAAUCAACAAUAUGCGGUUCAAGGACCGAAAGAAGCGCUUCCACACAGCAGCAAAUAUACGAAACCGAUGUCGGUGGAAGGUCCUCUACAACCGUCCAGUGGACGCAUACCUUUGCCGCAGGAGUACAUGAAUUUACGCGCACCACCACCUGGCACACUGAGCGCACCAGCGCCACAACAACACUAUCUUCCAAGUGUCGACGAUGUCUAUCAUAAGUUGGCAUACACCGCCGCAGGACCAUCAUCACCACCGCCUACAGCCAUGCCACAACACAGCCCACCCCCACUCUCACAAGCACUCAUCAAUACGAAAAGCAGUAAAGUGCCAGUGUUGCAUUUAUUGCCACCCGGACCACCAGGACCCACAGUGGCGCCCAUCAUAAAGCACAAACACAAAACGGUACAACAUUUCCCGCCCACAAAGCCGCCAGCGGUGCAACAGCUGCCGUACGAGAAGACGGUUCGCCAUAACGGUGUGCACCAGCAACAACUGCCGGUAUUUGCGUCACAACAUGAACUCCAGCAACAACAAUCACAACAACAGCAUCAACAGGCGCCAGUGUUUCGCCAGCAAACGCGACCAAAAUCAUCAAAAGUCAAUUUAACACCAUUUACAGCGUCAAAUACACUACCAGGCCAUUUUAUACCGAUUAUUUACACGCCAGUAAGCGGAGAUGACAAUAACAAUAACAACAACAACAAUCAUGAUGUCAACGCACUUCAUUAUAGCUAUGACAAUCCGACGGUAGUGUUGGUUGACGAUCUGUCGCCACCGCUGCAGCCAGUCAAUCUGCCACAACAACAGCAGCAGCAACAACCACAACCCACACAAUUCAAGCCAAUUUCGCCGCCGCAUGCCACAGCAGGCAACGUCUAUACGCUAGUACCUUCUGAUGUACCGAUUGAAGCGCAUCACCAACAACAACAACAACAGUAUGAACAACAGCAAAAGUACAUUACUGAAACUGGCGUACCCGGAGAUACACUCGCACCACAGCAAGCAGAGCUGCCAAGAGGACCCGCCAAAGGUGCAGCACUGAUUCCACAUUCGACGACAAGUUCCUCCUAUAACAUAAUCAAUGAGCCAUCAGCACCUGUGCAUCCAUCAUUAACAUCUGCACCGCAAAAGCAAACACAAUUGAAGCAACAACAAAUACAUUCGCAAAGGCAUUCGACGCGACCGCGACAAAAACAGUCGCAUUUCCAAUUGCCGAGACCGGUGAAUUUUUUCGACGGGAUUGCGCCGGCACAGGAAUUACUAGAGCAAGAACAACAACAGCCGCAGCUGCAGCAAGAAUUGGUGCCACAGCAGGAUUCGUACUCGUAUUUGAAUGAUGAGACAAUGACGCCACAGGAGAAAUACGUGCGCUAUUUACAACAACGUAUCCGUUACAAUAGGCAACAACAGAAGCAACGCGAACACGCUAAGCAGCGUGAAAACUUUAUUCAACAACAACAAUACGACGAGGAACAGCAGCCACAGCAACCGCCACAUUCACAAAUUGUGGUGCUUGGAGAUGGCGAGGCUCCCCCAUCUGCACCCGCACCACCCUUUGCCCCCGCCGCCAAUAAUCAGCAGCAAUUAGAUGCGAACGCACAAGUUAAUUAUCCGCAACAUAGUCCCAUAAGGCAUGCCGUGUAUCCACAUCCCGAGUUGAAUGUGCCGCCCAAUCAUCAGCCACCGUCGAAUGUGGCAACGGUCAAGCAAGUUGUAAAAAUUCCCGUGCGCACUUUGGUGAGCGAGGCAUUGGAUGCAUUCCAACAGCAGCAACAACAACAACAAAAAUUGGAGAUUAAAGGCUCAAGUGGUGGUGGCAUUGCAUAUCGGCAGCAACGGCCACAAUACGUAAGCGGUUUGGGACCACCGGCAACUCAAUACAUUGACUACAUCGUUGACGAUCCCAAGCAAUCGCUUGACGAUGAGCAACAACAACACAACGUAGUAACUAACGUGCCACAAAAGGCUGCAACGCCACAAGAUACUUUUAUUUUCAUAUCCACUUCAUCGCCACCAUUGAUUGUACCUGUCGGCGGCAUUAACCAAGAUUACUAUGACUCCACCCACAGGCCAAUCUACAAGCAACAGCCAACACAGCGCUUACAACCGUUGCCACCGGCCAACAGCAAACAUAACUCCGCCACAAGGCGUCCAAUUAUGGCCGCCAAAGCGCUCGAAUCACAACCACCACCCCCUCCAGCGCAAUUGGCAGCUACACCUGUGGUGGUUAAACAGAAAUAUGCUUAUACCGAGCCGAAGCUCAAUUUUGGCGAUGUUAUAAAACCGGCAACGCCAGCAGCAAAAUUACGUCCAUCACACAAAUAUGCCGGUGGUAUCGCUAGCAAGUUGACACUACCAGCGCCGCCACCUGCGUUAGAAGUAACACCACCCACUAAGCAAAACCAACAAGAGAAGCAACAAGUAAAUGUGCCCGAAUAUUACAAUCCACCGGUGCCAGUGGCAGCAAAAACCACAGCGAUUUUGGAUCCCAACCAAUUACCAGACAUACGCUCCUCCUCGUUGGCAGAGAUUCUGCACAAGUUGCAGGCGAGCAAUCACUUGCCACGAACGCUGACGCCGGAAAAUAUUGAUAAUUCGAUUAAGACGCUUGUCACGAUAUUGGAGAAUCUUAAACAAACACAAACAAUUGUGCCGAAUCCGUCCCAGCAUCAUGAACGACCGGCUGUCGCGCCGGACUAUGACUACGGCACGAGCAGCGAAGACUUGAACGGAACAGUGCCAGACCUCAGUAGUGUGUUAUCGCCAGUUGUGCCAAAUAAGCAUCCCGGUCCGAGCACCGGACGCGCUGGCAUCGAUUAUCCCAAUUAUGCUGAUAUACCACAAACAAAUUUCAACUGUGCGGAGCAACGCUACAAAGGCUUCUUCGGAGAUCCGGAAACAAACUGUCAAGUGUGGCAUUAUUGCGAUCUGAAUGGCGGCAAGGCUUCGUUUCUAUGCCCCAAUGGCACCAUUUUCAGUCAGAUUGCCCUCACCUGUGACUGGUGGUUCAAUGUGAAAUGCUCCACAACUGCACAGCUUUAUGUGCUGAAUGAACGUCUCUAUAAGUAUAUUUUACCAUUUACGCCGAAGUUCCCCGAAGACUACAGUGGACCGCUUGUCGACAAGUAUUUAGCAAUGAAAUUCCAAGAGAUGGAGGAAAAAAUGCGAAUUGAAAAGGAGAAAGUAGAAAAAGCGGCUAUUGCAGAUGUUGCAGCAAUCACAGGCACUGAAACGAGCAACAACAUCGAAAGCAACGAAGCCAGUGACGGAGCUGAUGCGGAGCAUGGCACAAACGCUCACGAUGACAACGUCCAUGAUGACACUGAUGAUGAUGGCGAUACCGAAGUGACUACAGUGGCGGACUUGCGAACGCUGCCACGAACCAUGAACGCACAUAAUAAUCUUGGCGCAAUCAAUGCACACGUGAGUGAACAAAGCUCCGAGCGCAAUCUACUGAUCGACGACGAAGUCGAUGAUAUAGCGAAGCGUGGCAGCAUUGAUACCUUUGAAAGUUCCACAAUAUCGACCGUAUCGGCGGCAGCGACUGCGAGUAAGGUGGACGGCACGACCGCAUUUAGUCUGAAACCGAUCGUCGUCUCUUCAACACAAGGGCCCGACUAUGAUGAUGAUUCAAAUGAUGCACCAGCUGCGCAGCAUAAUCUACGAAAUGCCGACGAAGCGGCGAGUAGAACACUAACAACGGAGACGGCGCAGACAACAACCCAAAGGCAGCUGCUGCAAAAGGAAAAUCAAUCACAAGUGCAGUCAUCACCGAAACCCGUGCGUCAAACGGCCAAUAUCGAUGUGGAAAAAGUGGAAGUAAUCGAAAUUAAAGCCGAGGGGGCAGCUGGUCAGCUGGGAGCCAAGAUGUACUAUGGCGCUGAGAGUGUGAAGGAUGUGCGGUAAAUGUGUUGUGUGGCAGAAUAGCGGAGGCAUGAGGGGAAAAUGUGUAUGAGAAGCGUUUCUUGUUUACCACAACAGAAACAAAUUGAGUUGGGAUUGGGUGUAAUAAAAAUAUAAGAUUUUUAGUGUGUAAACAAUUCGUGGUGGAGCACAAACGUAUGCCAUUUGAGAAUUAAAUUGUGAAACAGUAGUUGAAUGAAAUAAUUAUGCGACAUUUUAAUAUUUUUUAUUUUACGGUAUUACUUGUAUUUAUAUUUUGUCUUUACUGCAACAAAUGCAACAGUAAUUGUAGUUUUAAGUAUUAUUUAGCAAAUUGGUUAGCAACUCAUGUCAAUUAACGACCGUUAAUGACUAUAUAUGUUACUUGCCAUAUUCAUUAACUGCUUGUUUUUGUACACAACUAUUUAAAUGCAAAAACUGAAAAUUUAGUUUUUAGUAUUUUGGAUGACGCAUACUUUAAACGAAAUGUAAAUAUGAUAAAUAAGGUUAAAUAAAUAAAAAAUAAAUAAAUUUAGCAACAAUCCUUUAUGAUAAAAAAAAUGAUAAAUGAACUUCAAUUUAUAAUUUGAAUCGUCACAUAAUUAUUUUGAACAAAUAUAAGGGUAUUAGGCCCUCAAAAAGGGUAUAAUGGGUUAUGGGUAGUCAGAGUUUUUAAAAAGUCGAGUUUAUUUUUGCAUUUUCUUAAAGUAUAUCUCAGAAAUAUUUUCUGAAAAUUUUCAGUAAAUUCAACAAAUACUCUUCGAGUUAUUAGAUAAUUAGCAAAGGGUUCUCGGGAGCUCUGAAACUUUCGUGUUUUUGUAAACAUAAAAAACUUGUGCCUGAUCGAAGGAUAUUUGCUUUUAAUUUCGAUUUUUUGUAAACAAUUAACUGUUAGUUUUUUCUGAGGUCGCCAUUUUGUUAAUUAAACAAAAAAAAAACAAAAAAAUGUGAGUAUGGAAAAGUAAUACGAUUGCUCUUUCAUGCUUUAUUAAACAUGUAUUUUGGUAUUUAUUGAGAUUUAAAAAAAAAUGGCGACUACUGGGUUAAUCUCUGGAAUUAGUUUUCUAGUGAUUCUAGGAACUCAUUAUUUGAAUCAAAAUUAGAAACGGUAUUUUAAUCUACAUAAACUUUGAGAGCAGACUACUUAAGUUUUUAGCUUUACAUCAAUUUUUCGCAAAACGGCGAACUUGUAAAAAAAAAAAACGGUUUCACCUGUUUAACGAAAAAUUACCGAAAAAAUUAAUUUGACUGGUAGGUUAAUGAAAAAAUCGGUAAGGACCAUUAUAUAGAGAACUCAAUUACACACAUAAGCAUAAGAUAUAUGUAUAUAUUAUAUAUAUUUUUUUUUAAAUAGUAGAUAUUAAGAAAUGAAAUUUUAUUUUUAUUAAUAAAAAAAAAGAAAGGAAACUAAAAAGCAAAACUGAAAAGCAAACAAAAGAAAAACCUUUAAAUAUCAAGACUCAUAUUUGAGAGAAUUAUUUUGAGGUGUUUACCAACCAAUUUUUCAGGAUGUUUGUAAAUUUCGAUUUUUUAACCUAUACUACUGUAAAUUGUUGCAUAUGGUAUGUGAUAAAAAUUUCAAGUGAAUAGGUAUGAUAACU